ACGAAACCCGAUCCGCGAAGUCGGAUCUUUUGUGCAGCUGCUUCAACGCUCGCAGACUGAACUUGUCUCGAGAUUGAGAAACCAGCUCUUGCGAAUUUUAAAGGAAUAAAGAAAAAGCAAUAGCAGUGUGCACGCAACAUACGGACAACGUGGGAAAGCAUCGAUGCGCGCCGUUGGUAGUAAGAGACAGGAGUUCAUAAACAGACAACGGAAGCUUCCUCGAGCGACUGGAAUAAACCCGGAAUUUCACUCGUUUUUAUUUGAUAGAGGGAUUCCUGAUGUAGCAUCUUAACUCAACGUAAAACCAGAAAGCCCUUCUGUAAAACAUGGUGAAAGAGGCUCUUGAAACCGAUGAUCUUACCAGGCAACACUGCUGCCACUUUGGAGCACUCUAACUAACGUGAAUGUGAUGGGGAUAAUGAUAUUACACAUAGCAAUGAUGGAACAGCCGCAUUGACAAAGAUUAACUGCACUCACUCUCAGUGCGCUGCUGCCAAUCAGCAUGCUGCGGAUACUGUCGCUCAAAUUUGGCCGCGUCUACCGAUGCGGCAAGUUCCUCUUCAUCGUAGCUCUUUUUGUUAUCCUGCUGAUGAACACUCACAACCUGUUCGCCUCUUUCCAGAGGAACGAGCUCACCGACAGGCGAUUCAUCGGCCUCAACAAGUGUCCGGCCUGCUUUGGCACUAGCUGGUGCCGCAAGUUCAUGAACAGCCAGGUGACCUUUGAGAUGUGGGGUCGCCUGCGCUUCCUAGACUUUUUCAACGUAAAAAACGUUUAUUUCGCUCAAUACGGAGAACCCAGGGAGGGAACACGCAGGGUCGUGCUCAAACGCCUGGGCUCCAACCAAGAGCUCGCAGAGAUCGAUCAGAAGAUCUGCAAACGUGCCACUGGAAGACCUCGCUGUGAUCUCAUUCAGGGUAUGUACAAAACGGAGUUCGCCCGACUUAACGGGGACGUAAGGCUGCUGACCCCAGAGGUGGUUGAGGGAUGGUCGGAUCUGGUGCACUGCCCCUCGCAGAGGCUUCUGGACCGCGUGGUCAGGAGGUACGCGGAGACCAAGGACUCUGGAAGCUUCCUGCUGAAGAACCUCAAGGACACGGAACGAAUGCAGCUGCUGAUGACGCUGGCGUUCAACCCUGAGCCGCUUGUGCUGCAGAGUUUUCCCUCCGAUGAGGGCUGGCCGUUCGCCAAAUACCUGGGGGCCUGCGGCCGGAUGGUGGCGGUGAAUUACGUGGGCGAGGAGCUCUGGAGCUUCUACAAUGCACCCUGGGAGAAAAGAGUGGAUCUGGCCAAGCAGCUGAUGGACAUCGCCGAGCAGCUGACCAACAACGACUUUGACUUUGCCCUUUACCUCCUAGACGUGAGCUUCGACAACUUUGCAGUUGGGCCUCGUGACGGAAAAGUCAUCGUCGUCGAUGCUGAAAAUAUCAUAGUGGCGGACAAGAGAUUGAUUAAGCAAAAUAAACCAGAGAGCUAUGACGUGUGGUACGAGAGCCGCUACGAGGAGUGCGACAAAGAGGCCUGUCUCUCCUUCUCCAAGGACAUCCUCUGCUCUCGAGUCACCGUGGACCACAACUACUACGCUAUCUGUCAGAACCUGCUCUCCAGAUUCGCCACUUGGCGUGGCACCACGGGCGGUCUCCUCCACGACCCCCCUGCCGACGUGGUCAAAGACGGGCGACUAACGACCCUGCUGGACGAGUGCACCAGGCCACAGAGACAGUACGGCCGCUUCCAGGCAGCUAAAGAACUGCGGGAGUACCUGACACAACUCACACAGCUGAGCAAUACUAACAGGUAGUGUCGAGAACAGGGGACGUUCUGUGGCCCCCCCACUCAAAAAAGACCUCUGAAGUACUUUUACAAAUGUGCUACCAGAUUCUGGAACACAUUCGUUCACUUUCAAGGGAGUCGCUAUUUUGUUGCCGCUAUCAAUCAUGCCAACAUUGGCUCCAGUCCUGCCCGGGGCUAAUUAAAGAAGUUUGCACAUGAACAUGGAUUAAAGGGUCGUGUGAAAAUCAGCAGAGUAGAGGCUCAAACUGCUGUGAUCACACUAGUGUGUGUGUGUGUGUGUGUGUGUGUCUAUGUGUGUGUGUGAUUGUGAGUUGAUUGUAAUAUCUGAUGCUUCAGUGAACCCUUGCUGCUAUUAUAGGUUCUGAUUAGGAUCCUGUAAUAUGGUUUCUAAUUAAUUUAUAAAUUGGGUGAGCAGGGGUUAUAGCUGAAGUGACACAGGGAGCUUUGUUUAUGUAUGGGUGAAUCUUAACAAAAACAUGUCCAGGUUGCCACCGCCCCCACAAAAAAGUUUGGAAUUUAAUAUAUUCCUCUGUAUAUAUUCCACAGAAUAUAAUUAUAUUUUAGGAGCAUUUUUUCUUUGUCUUUUUUUAUUUUAUUUUUUGCACAUGAUCAUAAUGCCAAGAUGUUAAGCCUUUUGUUUGUUUGUUUGUUUUAUUUUUUAUAUAUAUAUUUUUUUCUACUCUUUUAUCUUCUUUUUCUUAUUUAUUUUUUUGGCUAUUUUAUCAUUUUGUUGUUGUUGUUGUUUUUUGCUUACUUUUUUGUUUUGGUUUGUUUAGUUUUGUUGUGUUUUUUGUUUUGUCUUUUUAUUCUGUUCUGUUUUUUUUAGUUUUUUAUUUCUUUUUGUUUUGUUUUUGUCGCAAAACAAGGCAGUAAAAAUGCUGUUAAAAAUUUAAAUCAGUGUAAAUUUAAAGUAUAAUAAUAAUAAUAAUAAUAAUUAUUAUUAUUAUUAUUAUGAAAUAUAAUAUUUUCCUGUCUUAGCAAAUAUAGAUAUAUUCCUUUUUUUCCCAGUUUUUGUUUUCUGCUCUUUCAUUUGUAAUUUUUUGUUUUGUUGCUUUUUUGUUUGUUUUGGCUUGUUUAAUUUUUAGUUAUGUUCUGUUUAGUGUUGCAAAACAAGACAAUAAAAAUGCUGUUAAUCAGUGUAAAUUUAAAG